AUUACGUAUGGUUACAGUGUUUUGAUUCUGUUUUUCUUCCAAAUCACAAUAUGUGUUUUAUGUUGAGUAGAAAAACUGACAAGUUUUCCACAUAGGAACAAGUAAAGCGCCAUCGACUGUUGUUAAAGUACCCAAAUCUUUACAACUUACUGUUGUAUUGGUUGUGUUGAUCUGUUUCAUAGUUGUUUGGGAGGCGGAGCGGUCUAACGGUGUACACCGUUAUAUUACCAUAUUUAUGAAUGUCGGUAUCUUCAACAGAGUCAAUCACAAGAGCAACGAUUGUGGCGGCAUGUACUCAGAAUGGAGCUCGCUCCCUUUGGAGGGAGGCGGGCGUGGUGUGCUGGGCGUGGUGGGGGGGAAGGAAGUAGUAUUAGCUGUUGUGAGACAGCUCGCUAGCCAUGAGCCCACCCCGCUUAAUACUGAUGCUGAGGUAGAAUGGGUGCUAGAAGUGAUCCGUUUCGGCUUAGGCCUGCCGCUGACGGAACACGAGGCGGUCCGCGACUGCGUCCGCGUGUGCUGCGCGUGGCUGUCUCCGCUGCUGCCGGCCGCCGCGCCCACUGUGCCCCCCCCGCCCGCCACGCCGCCGCCGGUGCGCGACCAACCCCAUAGAUACGCCAGGAAGAUACUGAGGCAUCUGCAGAACUUGUUUGUGCCUAGGCCGGAUGAGAGUGGAGACUUAAUAAGCAAGCAAGCAGUUCUAUGCCACCGUGUACUCCGCCUGGCACGAUCUUUAGCCGGCAGUGGCAACCUGGGCGCUAGUGAAUGGCGCGCUUUACUGUUGUUGCUGCUGUCAGCGGCUUCAGCGCUUCUAUCGCCGCCCGCGCCGCACCACUCAGCGGCUGAGCAGCUGUGCGAGCGAGUGCUGUGUGUGCUGUUUGAAGUGUGGAUCCUAGCGUGCCAUAGGUGCUUUCCAUCCCCGCCAUUAUGGCGUACAUUGCGCGAACAAUGCAUCCGUUGGCGGCAUCGAGCGCCUCUCACUGAGCAAUGGACACGCGCCUCUUUAUGUUUGACGGCGCGGCUACUCAAACACAUGUAUGGUCCAUUAUUCCCCGCUAUGCCUAUCAGUGAAGAAGACGCAGGGCUGGUGCCAGCGGAUAUGAGUGCUGAAGCAGUAAUGCAGAGUUGGUACCGAAUCUUGCACACCAUUGGCAACCCUGUGGACCUGUGUCGCCCUCAUCUUAUCAGCCAAACCCCGGACUUCCUACAGUAUUCAAUAACGUCAGAAGAGGGCGCUCGCGAUCCUAGUCAACACCCUUGCUUGGCAGCUCUUCCCGCCAUCUUCCACAAGGCCAUGAAGGGAAUCGCCGCUCACGUCGACGCUUUUCUAGGGCGCGGCGCGGAGUGGGCGGCGGCGCGCGGCGCGGGCGCGGCGGACGACACGCCGCCGCAGCACCGCCGCCUCGCCAAGUCGUUCAGCGUCAGCGCGGCGCGCCCGAGGGACAAGCAGGAGAAGGGUACUCCCCGCACGUCUCUCAUUGGGUUGACGAGCAGUCGGCCGCCCAGCGUGGCGCCUACCACGCCGCCCAAUUCUAUUUCCUCUCAAGUGGUGGACACUGAAAAGCCGCCACUGGCUCCUCUGCGCCCGCGCGUCAACUCGAUAUUCCACUUGUUCGGAGAAUGGCUCUUCGAAGCGGCUCUCUUGGGCACGGCACCCGUCGUAGCACCCACCCGUACUGACGGCACUCCGCCACCGCCUUCGCUGUCUGAUGCUACGUACAAAUUGAACAUGCUGGCUUAUCAACCAGGUCGCGCCGAAGCCCUGGGCACGAUCUGCCGCGUGCUGUGCUCGUGCCCGCGGCGGGAGCCCGUGCUGGCGCCGUACGUGGCGCGCUGCGUGGCGGCGCUGCGCGGCGGGCUGCGCGACCCCGCCACCGCCGCCAGCGUGCUGCUGAACGCGCCCGACCUCUUCCGUCUGGACCUGGACGGCGUGUUGGUCCUAGUGCCAGACUACAUCACAGCACUGGACCGCGUGCUGUCUGAGCGCGAGCCUCGCCUGGAGUGCGGGACCAUAGACAAGAGGGAACUCCGCAAGGCGGCCAUUAGCGCUCUGUUGUCUCUGCUCGCGUUCCCCUACCAUUAUAAAUCGCUGCCGGUGCCAGAGUUUCCCGGGUGCAACGAGUACUCUUCGACGACGCUGUGCUCUCUGAUGCGCGGCAAGCUAUCGCUAACGUGCGUGUCGGCGGUACAAGUGGAGUGGUCUGACUCUCUGGCCGUGCCGCUUCUGUCCGCUCUCUAUCUCUGUGUGAGACACAACGCGACGCAUAUGGGCUCUGCGGCGAGCAAUUCCGAAUUCAAAGCCCGGUCGGAAAGCAGUGCUACGGGCAGUGAGAGUCAUACUUCGCUGGAAGACUUCGCCGCCGACGUUAGGGAGCUUGACCCUAAUUCGCCGCUGUUCGGCGCGGCGCUAGUGGUUCGUGCAACAUACUUGGUGUGCCACCGCCUUAUUUCCUCAUGGAAAGCAGACUUGCAGGUCUCGCUUGCAGCGCUUGACCUAUUAUCAGGACUAGCACAGUUACACUCCACCAAGCCAGAAGCGAUCGAGCGCAAGCGCGCCGUGCGUUGGAUCUGCGACUACAUCAGCGUACAGUGCGGCCGGCCUCCCCAAGCUCAUUCCCGGGACCUCCACUCCUGUGUGGUCGCCGCCUACGCUUGCUUAGCCUCCUGGCUUUGUCCGGCCUUACUGGCUGAUCAAGAUUGUCUGGCAACGCUUAUGGAGGUCGUUGAACUGGGCAUCUCUGGAACUAAAAGUAACUCAGGAAAACCAGGUGAGCCUCCAAAGAUGAAGGAUGAAAAGGAAUUGAAACCAGUCUCCAUGCGAGUACGGGAUGCGGCCGAAUCACUGCUGAUGCUUAUUUUAGAACAAACGGGGAUCGGUGUGACCGGCGGCAGUGGUUGGUGCCGACUGGACGAGCGCUGGCUGGCUGCUUUGGGUCACGGCCGUUUGAGGCACUUCGUGGCUGAUGGCAACAUCCUCCUGUCAUUACUGGAAGAACCUUUAGCUAAUAGCCAGGAGCCACAGCCUACUUUAAUUGUGAUCAUCCGCUGCGGCUGGGGCCGCUUCGCGUGGUCGCUGAGCAGCCGCGGCGCGGCCCGCAGCGCAGCCCGAGGCGGCGCCGCGUGUCCCCGCCCAGUGCCCAUUUCGGAGCCCCCGCCCAGACCGCGCCCGGUUUGUAGGCCGCUACCAGCCGCGCCUGCAGCACUUGACGCAGCGUUCCCGAGUCUCGAAUCAGUUCUGCGUCAACUUAACGACCCCGAAGCAUCAACUUUGUUCAAACUGUUAGAACAACAAGCUGUUAUAGAAAAAACCGUUAAGGAAAGCGAGGAUAAUGUAACACCAGAGGAGUACGUGCCCCCGGAGCCGGUGACGGAAUUCCAGACGGCGCGGCUGUUCCUUUCGCAUUUCGGUUAUCUGAACAUCGGCGGAGAGAAAAAGGGCCAACUCCCCCGCCUCACGGCUCUCGACGAUUCAGCGCCGGGAUUCGCGGCGGCGUUGCGUCGCAUCGACUCGUGCGGCCCUAAAAGACCGCUAACCAUACACUUGUUCUGCGCAAACGCGGGACAGACCAACGCGAAUGACAUACUGGCCAACGUGAAGAGCUGCAGUACUUGCGCGCCGGGUUUUAUUAGAUUGUUACGAGGACUAGGGCGAGCGGUGCGCGUGCGCGGGCACGGCGGCUGGGCGGGGCGCGCGGCGGGCAGCUACGACGCCGCGCCCGCCGCCGCCCGCCCGCACCCCGCGCCGCCCGCGCCCGCCGUCUACGAUGCUAAGGAACAGAUCCUGUACUGGUCGGACUCCAGCAACGAGAUCGCGUUCGUAGUGCCGUCGCUGUCGGACGACGACCGGAACGACUCCGUCCGGUCGGACGUCGACGGCGGCUGCGUGUCCACCAGCCGGUCCUCAGACAAGUCCGGCUCGUGCUGGGACGUGUCGAGCUCCAGCCCGGCCGAGCGCAGCGUGUCCGAGAGCGAGCGCAGCGAGCGCGCGCGGGUCGCGCCCGCCAGCGCGCGGGCGCUCUCCUUGGAGCUGGACAAGCAGCCGCAGGGGCUCACUGGUAGCGGACGACGGAACAGAGAUUUCACUACGAAAAUCCUCGUCAUAUGGCUUGAAGACAUCGAGGAUCAUCUCAAUAUGCCUAUUGACGAGCUCCUGCGGCACUGCGACACGGGCGUGCCGUGGCGCCGCGAGGAGGUGCUGGUGGUGUGCCUCAGCGCCAGCGCGGCCGGCCUGGUGCGCGCGCGCGUCAGCGCCGCGGGCGGGCGCGUGCGGCGCGGCGCGCUGCCCGACGACGCGCUGCUGGCGCCCGCGCUGCUGCCCGGCUGCCUCAUCCGCGCCGCCAUCGACGCGGCCCGCCGCGACACGCUCAAUACCGACCUAUACCAGCCCCCGCACGUGCGCCGGCGCCACCUCAUCCAGGAGUUGGCGCAGAACUUCAGGCGAGACCUCAGCGAACCUGAACUCUUGGAGUCUCUCUUCCGAACGCCUGUCUAACAACUAUUAUUAAUUAUAAUCUUACUAGGUUGUAGUAAAUGGGAUAUUUUUCUUCUCAAUGUAUUAGUUUAUUUAUUGUUUGACGGUUGACUAAAAGAGAUUGUUUCAAGUGAAAUAGAUUAAUUUUCAAAACGGGAUACAAGUUAUCGCUUAUUGACGUUAACAUAACUUAAGUAUCAUUAUAUUAACGAACGCUUCCAAAGCGCAGUGCUAAGUUAGAUUUGAAUAAUUUUUGUAAGUAACUGUGCAAUAAAAUAUUAAAAACUACUACAGGGGCAAUGUAAGAGGGACAGUGAGGAAGAUUUGAAAGUGGGGAAUGAAUUCGUUAUUGACAGUGGCAUCUUCUGUAACUCUUCUUUCGUUAUUCAAGAAACCUCCAAAUAAGUAAAUAUUCGUUUGGACUGUCAACAAUAUAUACUCUCACAUACAUAACAUACAUACAUAAAUCACGCCUCUUUCCCGGAGGGGUAGGCAGAGAUACUCACCUCGAAUAUUAUAAAAAUAAUCAGCGAAAGGAAAGGUUACUAUCGGUAGCUUAAAAUUUAAUAAUGACUGCAUAAUGAUACAUAAUGCAAUAAAAUAGAUCAUGAACUCGUCGUAAAUAGAAUUAAUACUUUCGGUAGUCCUAUCGCUAUUUCCAUUAUCGUGAUGUAUCGAUAUACUAUGUACAACAUCAAAAAUAUAUGUGGCAGGAGCGGUUUUAUUGCGGUUUUAUUAUUUGAAAAUUCUGGUGUUGCUAGCAAUAAAGGGGGUUUAGUUCGACCUUUAACAAGAUUCACUUUAAUCUUAUGAAGAAUGUUUUUGAUGUUAUUAUUUUUAUGACUCUAACAAUGAGAAAUGUCUUAUAUCAAUAGUAGGGAAGUAUUAAGGAUUUGUUUUAGUAAAAUAAAACAAAGCAAAUUAUUUAUAAAAUUUUAUUGAUUAUUAUUUUAAGACUGAUUGUUUGUGCUUACGUAAAAUGUUAUCAUUCCCUAAUAAUGUAUUAAAAUAUAUUUAUAUAAUUUGCUAAUUGUACAUUUAGUAUAAUAUAUUCGUUAUAAAUAAAUUUUAAUGAAUGA